CGUGACGUCAUCACCAGUGCUGCUGCUAGCAGAAUAGUUCGCGCUAAUUAACGGUUGUCUGGGUCCAUUUAACUUUUGUUUCUUAUCAGUAUAUUUCACCCAGAUGCAAUAUUUAUUGUUUGUACUGUAGUCAUAUUUUGUUGGUUUAUUGCCCGCUAAUGUUCGUUGGCUGACUGGCUUCGUCCUGAUCCAGGUGAAGAUGAAGCGCUGCGAUGCCCUCUGAUUUUAUAUCCCUCAGCUCCGAUCUCGACCUUAAUUCCCCCAAAUCCCUUUACUCUAAAGAGUCUGUGUAUGACCUCCUCCCUAAGGAGCUCCAGCUGCAGCCGUCCUCCUCCAAGACAGACACACCCACCAUGAGCCAGAAGAGUGGGGGAGAGGCCGGUCCGCCCCCUUCUGCAUCCCUGGCCUCAGAUGCCACCUCCUCCACUUCCAGCCCUUCUUCAUCCUCCUCUCAAGACAUGGGAGACCCCUGCACCACUGGCCCCAGACCCAGCACAGCCCCCUCUACCUCAGCCAUGGAACAGCCCCAGCCCCCCCUCCUCCUCCACCAUCCCAGCAGUGCCCCUAGAGAGGGUUCUGGAGACCCAGUGGUUUCAGAGAUGCAGGGGGUAGAGGGAGCUCUGUCUACCCUUGGAGGUGGAUGCUGCAGUGGGACCAGCUCUGGAACAGGAGGAGGAGACCCAGGAGCAGGGGGGGUGGGAGCCCAGCAGCAGCCCCAGAACACCCCCUCUAAGCGGAGGCCAGUGUUGAGCAUCUCUCCCCCUCCAGAGGACCUAUUUGAUGACAGCAAUAUGUCCUGCCAGGAGGAUCCAGCCCCGUCUGGGCCAGCAGGGCCAGACUCAGAACACAGCAGCAGCAUCUGGGCCGACGACUCAGCCUCCAACUUCAGCCUGAUCAGCUCCAGCUCCUACAACGACAACACAGAGGUCCCCCGCAAAUCCCGUAAACGCACCCCCCGCCAGCGGCCCGGGCCCAAGCCUGCACCCCCAGAGGACAGCAUGGACGUGUUUGAUGCAGACAGUGCCAAGGCCCCACACUUUGUUCUGUCUCAGCUGGGACCAGACAAGGCCAGCCCCAAGCCCAGUUCUCUGGAGGCUGGGUGCCUGCUGAAGGGAUGUCUUCUGUCAGGUCAGUACCCCCAGAAGAGUGAGGGUAAGGAGCUGAAGAUCCUGUUGCAGCCAGAGACCCAGCACCGGGCACGCUACCUGACUGAGGGCAGCCGCGGCUCUGUCAAAGACCGCACCCAACAGGGCUUCCCCACAGUCAAGUUGGAGGGUGUCAGUGAGCCGGUGGUGCUGCAGGUGUUUGUGGCCAGUGACACAGGCAGAGUGAAGCCUCAUGGGUUCUACCAGGCCUGCAGGGUGACAGGCCGAAAUACCAAAGCCUGCAAAGAAGUGGACAUCGAGGGAACCACUGUCAUAGAGGUCCCCCUGGAGCCCAGCAACGCCAUGUCACUGGCGGUUGACUGUGUGGGGAUCCUGAAGCUGCGUAACGCGGACGUGGAGGCUCGUAUUGGGGUUGCCGGGUCCAAGAAGAAGAGCACCCGGGCCAGGCUGGCCUUUAGAGUCAACAUCCCGCAUGCUGAUGGGUCUGUCCUUACCCUGCAGACCACCUCCUCACCCAUCCUCUGCACCCAGCCAGCGGGGGUGCCAGAGAUCCUGAAGAAGAGUCUCCACAGCUGUUCAGUGAGAGGAGGAGAGGAGCUCUUCAUCAUAGGGAAGAACUUCCUCAAAGGAACCAAGGUCAUAUUCCAGGAGAACCCAGCAGAUGAUAACUUGUGGCAGGCCGAGGCAGAGAUUGACAUGGAGCUGUUCCAUCAGAAUCAUGUGAUAGUGAAGGUUCCUCCCUACCACAACCUGUCUGUCUCCUCUCCUGUCUCUGUGGGCGUCUACAUCAUGACCAAUGCCGGGAGGUCACAUGACGUACAGCCCUUCACAUAUACCCCAGACUCAGAGCACUCCUUGGACAUGUCUGUGAAGACAGAGGGGUCUUCUCUGGCUAAGGCCUGCACCUUCCAGGACCAGAUCAAGUCUCUGGCCUCUGACCCUGCCCAGUCUGCUGGUGAACUGGUCAAACGACAGGAGGUCACCCCUAUGGAGGUCUCCAGCAAUACUCCAUCCACAGCACUCUUCAAGCCGUCAUCUGACACCCUCGUCUCGGUCCAGCAAACCCUGGAGCUGAGCUCCAGCACCCCGCCUAGCACUGAGUCCUUCCCCAGCCCCAUGCCUCUCCAGCCUGGGGAGGUUGACUUCCCCCAGUCCCAAGUCUUCCCCUCCCUGGAGCCCCUCUGCACCAUCCAGAAGCAGGACAUCGCCCCCACCACCUCCUUCCCUGUCUCCAGCGACAACACCACCCUCCCCCCUGUCCCCCCAGAGGUACCCCAGCAGUUUCUCCGGGACCCCCAGGAGAGCCUGCCUCAAGAUUCCUCCAACCCCAGCAGUGAGGUGGUGGUAGUGGGCAUGUCUCAGAUGGCACCCCAGUCCCAGCUCCCCCUGUUCCCCCAGGACGGGGUGGCACAGCUGGAGAGGGCAGUAAGGGAACUCCAGGCAGGGGGAAGCGACCUGGUACAACAGGUUAUGGAGGCAGCAGUGGCUCAACAGCAGCUCAACUCAGUGUUGUACAGCCCCACACCCUCCACUGACUCACUGCAGCAACACGUACAGGACACCAUGAACAGCCUGAGACUGGGGGGAGCUGAGGGCUCUCUGGCCACACAACACCUACAGAUACAACAGCAACAACAGCAGAUCCUUGGCAACAUGCAUCAACAGCAGCAGCAGUUACAUCAACAGCAAGUCCUUGGCAACAUACAGCUACAACAGCAAUUAUUAUUACAGCCACAGGAUCAACAACUGCAGCAACAGAUACUGGGUAACCUACAACAACAUCAACAGUUUCAACAGCAGCAGCAGGUACUUGGCAACAUACAGCUACAUGAUCAUCAACAACUUCAGCAGCAGCAACAAGUACUGGACAACCUACAACAUCAAAACCAAGCACUAGGCAACCUGCAACAGCACCAGCUACAUCAGCAACAGUUACAACAGCAGCUCCAGACUGAGUUCCUCCAGCCCCAGAUCCACUCCUCAUCUCAGCCCCAGCAGCAGCCUGUGUCUCUCCUCCAGCAGGCUGGGGAGCUGCUCACCAUCCAGACCUCCAGCUUCCCCCAGGAGCCCCCAUCCCACUCCUCUCCUCCCCAGCAGCUCUUCCAGUCCCCCAGGCCUCUGUCAGAGACCUCCAGCCCCCAGCACCAGGCAGCCCUGCUGCAGAACACUCUGACUGUGCUGACCAGUGGUAGCCUCAGUCAGGAGCAGCAGGCCACAGGGUCCACACUGUUCCUUUCUCCCAACACCCUCUCUAACCAGGGUAGUCAACAGCAGCUAGCGUUCCUGUCCUCCAUGGAGACAUCAGCCUGUGAGCCCCAGACAAUGUCAAUGUUCCAGGCCCAGCAGCAGCAGAGCACCCCCAUGGACCAUCAACAGUCCCUUCAGCAGACACAACUACAGCAAACCCAGCAGAUUCCCAUGGCUCAGCAGAGCUCCUUGUUCCAGACUAGCACUCUGCCCCCCAGCCAGCACCCUCAGCCCCAGCCCACCGGCCUCCUCCUCUGCACCGCCUCCCUCAAACCCCAGGCUCUGCCCCCAGCCCUCCUCUUUAGUACCCAGUCCCAGGGCCCCUCCAUGGGCAACAACAGCAACCCUUGCCCCCAGGACACCCCUGCUUCCCUCUUGUUCUCCCAGCCCACCAUGGUGGGGGUCAGGGUUGAGGUAGCCCAGACGGACCCAGUGGAGCCCAUGUUAUUCCAGGACCAGAGCUCCUCUGUAGGGGGGACCCCUGCCUCCAGAAAUACCCCUCCGCAGGGUCUGUUCCAGGGGCAGCAACCUAUGCAGGUGGGCUCCAGCUCAGUUAAUGGCCCUCCCAGCCAGCAGGUGGAGCUGUUCCUGCCACAGGGUUCUCUUUCUGGUCUGCAGGGCAGCAUGGCUACACAGGAACUAGGAAACCAGGCUGCAGCAGGGGAAACUAUCUUUGUAAUGCAGAGUGGGUUGGGGGUUGUGGGACUGCAAAGUACCACAUCCUCCCCUGGUAAGAGACCCCCAGAGCAGCUGUUCCAGACGGGAGUGAGCGGGAACGUUGGCCAGCCAGUAGGACAACCCAACCUGUUUGUGUUUGGCCUCCAGAACGAUUCCUCCCAGCUGAUGACGUCCUCUGGUUCUACAAUGUCUGCCCAGAGCCAGCCCCAGAACCACAACCCUUUGCAGGCCAGCCACAUCCAGCCUCUCAUAGACCCAAACAUGGCCCAGACCGCCACACCCAUGCAGACUAAUCUUCAGACACCUAUGCAGACUGGUCUACAAAACGCCAUGAGUAGCUUAGAAAAUGCCUUGCAGGCCAACCUACAGACCCCAAUGCAGACCAACAUACAGACUACCAUAGAAACAACCCCCAUGCAGACCAACCUCCAGACCCCCAUGCAGACCAACCUCCAGACCCCCAUGCAGACCAACCUCCAGACCCCCAUGAACGCCUCCCAGAACAUGGAGAAGAUAGAGGACCUGCUGGAGAGCCUACAGGAGCAGUGAUCUUUACUGGGACCACCGAUACACUGAUGGGGGUUCUAGUGACUUCUGCCCACUCUUUGAACCGCAGACUGGGCCAGGUUGUGUCUGCUGCUUACAAUACAACCCCUCCAAGCAACACAGAUAUGGAGAAUGGGGGUAGAGAUGUCUGGCCAUGCUAUGAACCCCCUAAGAACAUGAAGUAAUGAAGACAUUUUAAAGAUUUUAUCAGACGUGCUUGUGUACCCCUAGCUCAUAUUUUGAUGAGUGUCUGUACAUGCAUUGAUAGACAGACGGCCGGGCAGACGGCGUUAUGAUGGAUUGGUUGAGUGACUACUCCUCUUGCUGGAUCAGAGGACAUUAACUUCUGUAUCCAUCAGUCUCACAUGCAGUGGUUCUUCUAUUUCAUACUGUGUUAUUGAUGGCCUAACAUGGGGGGGGGAUACAGAAAGCUGGAGCAAAAGAGAAAGACAGAUGGUGGAUAGAUUGUGAGAUUUAAAAGCGAGAGAGUGAAAGAGAAGGGCAGCCAGAUGAAGGCAUCUUGCUGUGUUCUUGUGUACAGCACAGCUUCAGUCAGAUCAUACAACAGUCAGUGUAUCUGUCCAACAUAUCUCAUAUCUCUUCUUUUGGCAAUUCCCAUAGUCUGCGUUUAGUUGUGUAUUAGUACACACAGGCUUUCUCCAUUGUAAAUGCUUAGUUUGCGUAUGUUCUGCAACUUGUGUUUGUGGGGGAAUUUUAGAAUUUGAUUUGGAAGCAUUUCCAGUAUAUUGUGAAAGGAAGGAUGCUUUCUACUGGGGAAAGUGAAGCGUUGUGUGGUGUUAUAAACAUUAAGCACUUUAUAAACUGUCUUGUGUGACCAGCCAAUCCUUAUAUCCAUCCAGAGGCUCUGGGGUUAGAGCACAUGUACUUGUUGACCUCCAUUUAAAUAACCAUUGUAAUGAUUUUUGUCACAGUAUACAUUUUAACACAUUGUCCAUGCAUUUAUACAUUUUAACACAUUGUCCAUGCAUUUAUACAUUUUAACACAUUGUCCAUGCAUUUAUACAUUUUAACACAUUGUCCAUGCAUUUAUACAUUUUAACACAUUGUCCAUGCAUUUAUACAUUUUAACACAUUGUCCAUGCAUUUAUACAUUUUAACACAUUGUCCAUGCAUUUAUACAUUUUAACACAUUGUCCAUGCAUUUAUACAUUUUAACACAUUGUCCAUGCAUUUAUACAUUUUAACACAUUGUCCAUGCAUUUAUACAUUUUAACACAUUGUCCAUGCAUUUAUACAUUUUAACACAUUGUCCAUGCAUUUAUACAUUUUCACCAUAUUUUUUGAGAUUUUUCUAAAGAUGUUUUUGUCUUAGUGUUGAAUUCAUCUGAAGCCUAUUUAUAUCAAGUGAUCCAGCCAGUGUCUGUCUGUCAAUUCAGUCGGAUUUCCCAUAGUGAGCAUACAGUCUUCGUUUUGAUGUCUGUGUGUAACUAGCUCCUGUUCGUAGGCUUGCAUAUCUCUGCCUACACCCCCACAAAACAUUUAUAAUUUAAGUCAAUACAUUGUGUGUACACAUACAUGAGUGGGUGUGUCAUUUUUCUAAAAGAUUUACAGCAUAUUGCUAUCUGUAGCCAACAAUUUACUGUGUACUGUAACAAUCUGCGUAAUUUAACAGACUGUGUUUUACCUUGUCUUGUGUGUGGUUGUAGUUUUUAGUUGGUUUCUGGUUCAUGUACUGACAGAUGUUGAACUAGUACUGCCAGUGUUCAGGGCAGAGCUGUGCGAAAUAGACACGCAGUACCUCUCCCAUGCAACGUCACUAGGGACUCACAGCAACACAAAGGCUGUUCCAAUAUCCACACUAGCAUACCAUUUCCUAUGGACUUCCACAGCCAAAGUACUCUAUUGGUAUGCUAUGCCUGUAUGGGCAUUGGAACAUGCGCUUAAAAUCUCUUACUUUGGCUGUUUAGACGGGCCACUCAAUUCUGAUCUUUUUCCACUAAUUGGUAUUUUGACAGAUCUUUUUCAGUGCUGAUCUGAUUGGUCAAAAGACCAAUUAGUGAAGAAAAUGUCAAUUGGUCUGCCUAUCUAAACACAGCCAUGGAGAGAGCCAUUCUCAUGUUAUCUAUGGUGCUAUGUGCAGAUGUGAUGGACACUUCUAAUGCGAUGUUUAUACUAAUAUUUUCUACUCAUAUCAACAGAACUGAUAUUAAUCUUGUGGUUCAGUCUUGUGUUUCUAUAGCGAUGGCUGUGAGCAGGCAGCGUGAGGCGUGUGUAUCUGGACUUACUGAAAACAAAUGUUCUUUUCAAAACAUCCUAAUGUUUGUUAACUCAUUUACUCUGUUUACUCAUUUUUUUAACUAAUUUUAAAUAAUGCAGCUUUCAUGGAUAUUAAGUGUUUUUGUACAAAUAUUUUAAAAUGACAUUUGUAAGGUACUCUCCCAACAGUUUUGCCUCUUCUGUCAUUUCCAUGCAAAUGAAUAUGCAUUUGAACCCAUGUUGCUCUACCCUGCUUUAGAUUAAAGGUGAUACUGCUAUUCCAUAUCCAAUAAGCAGUAGUCUGUUUUGACAUAUUGACAUAAACAGAUGGAAUGACAACUUUUCAGUUGUUGCUCAGAUCCCUAUAUGCUCAUGUAGGCAUUUGACAUUUCAUAUUUUCUCAUUCUGUCCUGAGAAAGUAUCUACUCCAUAUACAGAUGUUUUCACCCAUGAGCCAGAUUACAUGAUGUUCUGAUGUACAGUAUAUCAUUGUUAAACUGUUGGAUGAACUCCAGUGUACAGUUAGGUGUGUAUACUACCAGAUGUCUUCAUGUACAACACGGGCCAACAGUAGUAAACUCAUUCUAAGCUAAUCAUACAUUUUGAAAUGGACACCGUUCCAGCAUAGAAGUUAUUUAUUCUCACAGAUAAUGUAUACUAUUUUGAACACAAUUGGUUUCACCUAUCCAAAAUGUCAGUUUGUCCUAAACACAACAGAUGAUCACAUCUCUAAAUACUGAUGUUCAAGCCUCCAUUCUAUUUCAAUGGGGGAUUUUCAAGAGCACAUAAUGUGGCAUAGUAAUGCCAUACAAAUAGAUGAAGCCAACCUCUUGAGUAUCUCCUCUCUGUAAUGAAUGUAGCUUUUCCUUCAGUGAGAAAUCUGUUAGUACCGGACCAAUUCUGUUUUUAGAGAAAAUAUUUGAGGUAUCCUAAUAUUGACCCUUUGGUAUGUUGGACGUGUGGAAAUACAUUAUUUUGUGGUUCUAAUGUCUUGUUUCAUGUUCCAAGACCUACUGUCACACUCACUUUGAUGUAUCUAUUGCUUAACUGUUUGAAUUCAUCACAUUCAUCUGAAAAUAGCACACACAUGGUCUCCAUCCACAAAUCAGUUGUCAUUAUCUCAUGUUGAAAUGUGAGAUAGGGGGGAUCAGUUGUGAAGUUCUGUGUGCCUUGAAAAACCAUCAGUGUAGUAUGUUUACCAGAUUCCCUUUGUGUCGUGAGUCAAGACUGCACAUCUCCCUUGUCUAAUGUUCUAUGUCUAGUGUCAGUGAUCUGCUUUUAGUUCCAUGACCACCUUAACCAAUGCAGUGUGAUUUAAUGUCAUCCAUCCCUGGUUGCAAUACUACAAAUGUGAUCACCUUCACUCAUGAACUGCUGUGCAGCUUAACACAAACUAUACAUGUUUGUUUCUAUCCUAAUUUCAGGACUGUUGAGAUUCAUAGUUGUGAGAUGGAAAAAGGUGAUUGUUCUGAUUAGAUGUUGCAGAAAGCUCUUGUUGGUGUGUGCUUGUCAGUAUUACUGUUGCUGUGAAGAGCUUGACAUGAGAUCAAAAGGAGAAGUGAUAAGCAUUUAUCAGUUUCAGUAUCUAUUCAGGCAAUGCGUCAGACGUUACCCUCUGUUUUGUCAUACAUAAAUGUAUUUUUGUGGUGUAUAUUUCUCAUUCUGCUGCUACAUGAUGAGUAAAUAAAGAUGAAGGUCUUUGCUUCAA